GAAGCAGCAGUGAUGGCAGGCAUGACUGCGCUGUCACUUCAACAGUUCAUUGCUUCAUUGGACAAAUCUUGUCUACCAAAAAUUUUACAAGUUUGCUCUGGAGUGUAUUUCCAAGGGUCUGUAUAUGAACUUUCUGGGAGUGAAGUCUGCUUUUCUACUGGGGAUCUAAUAAAGGUCAUUGACAUUGAGCUCCUAUCGGUUUCCUGCGAAGACAUCAGCAACGAUGAGAAGUUUGAGCUUCCGAUCAACCACACAGGUUUGUUCAAGGUGGUUCCAGAGGAGAUGCCGUACACUUCAGUGGAGGAGAUGGUGAGCCUGAGACCCCUGGGCCUGGAGUCCUGUCUUCCCUUCACUUUCACCAACCGCUCAAAGAUAACUGUUGGAAACUUCACACUGGGGGCAGGCCGAGCUUUGACAGUGCUCUCCAUCGAGCGGCGUGAGGGUGAGGUGGAUCAUGUGCGCUGCCAUGUUAAAGGACAACAGGAAACCUCUGCAGAAGUGUGUAUCCCACUUUCUGCCCAAGGGGAGUUCAAAGAGUGUGAAAGUGAGGAGCGCUUCACUCUGAGAGAGAUCAUGUCCUCGCCAUGCCUGUGCAGUCGAAAGUUUCGCUUCAUCAACACAACCAAGUGUGAUCGGCCCCUGGUCCUCUGUCCAAUAUACCAGGUCCACGCCAUCAUGAGCAUGAGGAAGAACGUGUUGAAGUUUCCCUCCAGCUUAGAGGUGGAUGUGGUCGAUGCCACUGAGCUGUGCGAGGACGUGAACUUUGUGACGCCGCUCAGUCUGACAGAGGUCUUUUCCCAGCCGGAAGAAUCCUUCCCUGCUGUAGUGGAGAUACUGGAAGUCCCUGAGACGCGCUCUCUGUUCAAGUGCAGCUGGCUGUCAGAAAUGAAAUUGGGCAGUAAAAUGAUUUUCCACAAGAAAAGCUCCACAGCCAUGGUUCUGUUAUCCAGCCUGAAGAGCCGAAAGUCUCAGCAGUUCUUCCUGGUGUCUCAGCAAUACGGUGGACGAUUCCGCAGGCGGCCAAGAGAGUUUAAUUCAGUGUACGAGAUGCAUGUUGCUUCAUCCCUGGCACCAGCUCUGAAAGUGGGUGUCACGAGGAGCUGUGAGGAGGUGGAGGAGGAGGGCCUGCCUGCGCUCAGUGUGGGGGAACAGCUGGAGGUUGUUCGCUGUGAGACCGUGGAGCUGCCUUGUGAAAGCAACAAGGAACAGACGCAGUUUGUCGAGGCUCUGCUGUGUCGGCGUCUCCAGGACCCAGACGAUGACGAUGAUGAUGAUGAUGAAGAUGAAGACGAGGUGAAGCAGGAGAAUGGCAGAGAGGAGAUUUUUCUGCCUCUGUACAUGCAGGGUCACUUUGUGGAAGUACUCAGUGAUAGCAAAAAGUACAAACUCAAGGACUUGGGUAAGAAGUUUAGUUUGCCCCUGAAUGUUAAAGUGGUGAGCCGGGACACUGAACUCGAAGCCGAUCCACUCGCUGGGUUUGCGUCUCUCAGAAUAGAGGCGGCCAUGUUGGAGCCCACCAUCCAGGCAAGCUUUGCACACAGGCCAGAACACUGUUUUGAAAUCCCAACGGAGUGGCUCUCUAUGUCUGUCCAUUUUACCAAGGACCCCCUUCCGUGGCCCAGCAGCAAACCCCCUAAAUGCCAUGUGGACAGAGUCACUGAGGUGACAGACAUGUUCUUUUAUGAAUUUCGCAAACAGGGGAACUUCGACGCAGCUCCUCCACCCCGACCCCCUAAGCGAAAUAUGUCAUCUUCAAAGUCUCUCAAAACCCCAUCAAAACCCUUAAAAAAGUCAAUCAAAAAGUCAUCCAACAAGAGCGUCCCGAGCACAGAGUUAGCCACUUUGACUUUGGAUGGCAAGCGAAGGCCCCCAGCCCCCCCGACUCCAGGUCUUUUGACAGGCCAGCCUCCACCAUUAAUACCCCGAAAGCACUCUGUGACUACAGGCAAUGCUCGGCCGAACACCUAUGUGCAAAGGGAGGACCCCAAGAUAAAAGUGCAUCUGCCUGAAAUAGCACCAGAUGUGGACAGCGACCAUGACUAUGAAACUGUGGAUGAGACUUUUGCCACGAUCCUGAAGGACGCGCAAGAGAAUGUCAUGUUUUACUGAAAUGAUGUCCUGCCACGACAGAAACAAAUCAAAUAUAGGCGGUGGGAACUGAAAAGAAAAUGGCAUAUUGCAUAUAGUGUUUUUAAGCUCUUCCAUCUUGAUUUAUUUUAGAGAAGAAAGGGUUUAAAUAAGGUUAGAUAUUUCAGUUGAAGAGGCCCUUUUGUGCUUUUUUGGGGUUUUCCCUUUCCUAUAGUGUGUUAAGAUAAGAUGGUACUUUAUUGAUUCCCAAUUUGGGACA